CAAUCCUUCUAUAAAUUGGAAGCAUGCAACCUCAUCAAAGUUAAGUUCAUCACAAAAACAAAUUAACAAAUUUUUUUUACAUAAAUCCAACCGAUAAACAGAAACAACAUUAUCACCUUCACCAUUUCAAUGGAUCAGAAGAAAUCUAACAAAAUUCGAGAAAUUGUUAGACUUCAACAGAUCUUAAAGAAAUGGAGAAGAAUAGCAAACUCUUCAAAAACAACCACAACAACAACCGCAAACAACAUAACUAAUAGCAAAAGCAUGAAGUUUCUGAAAAGAACACUUUCUUUAUCAGAACGUGAAGGAGGAGGAGGAGGAUCAACAAUAAACAAUGCCGUUCCAAAAGGAUAUUUAGCGGUUUGUGUUGGAGAAGAACUUAAGAGAUUCAUUAUACCAACUGAAUAUUUGAGUCAUCAAGCUUUUCAAAUACUUUUGAGAGAAGCUGAGGAAGAAUUUGGGUUUCAACAAACGGGUGUUUUGAAGAUUCCUUGUGAAGUGUGUGUUUUUGAGAGUAUUUUGAAAAUGGUUGAAGAUCAAGGGAAGAAUAAUAAGGACAAGUUUUCAAGUCAUGAAUGUAGAUCACUUAGCAUUGAAGAGAUGAUGAUGAGUUAUUGUUCUUUGGAAAAUCAACUUGCUUGUUCUCAUCAUCCUCAAAGUCCUUUGUGCAGAUAGUUUUUAUUUUUAUUUUUUAAUAAUAAUAAAUAUUAUUGGAUGUUGCAAUUUUUAUCCAUCUUUUUUGUCUCUCUUUUUUUUCUUUUUUGCCCCUUUUUACAAUAAAGUUAAUGUAUGAGAGAAAAAGAGAGGAGUGAGUUUAGUUAGAUGUAAGAAAAACCCAUUUGGGAAUUAUGAAGCAAGAAGUAUGACUUUCAUUGUCUAAAUCUUUUAUUCAAGAUCAAGAGUAUUUGGCAGCA